AUGGAAGACCGCAAGGAGAAAAUUGCACCAUGGCUCUCUGUGCCACAAUUCGGCGAUUGGGACCAAAAGGGGGAGCUCCCCGAUUACUCCAUGGAUUUUUCCAAAAUCCGAGAGAUGAGAAAACAGAACAAAAGGGACCCCUCUAGGGCGAGUCUUGGUAAUGAAGAGGAGCUCAUCAAAUCAAAAACAAGAAGCUCAAACACAGUUCACAAUAAUGACCUUCAAGACCAUCGUCCAAUUGGUUCGCAAACGGCGAGACGGGGCAUCUUCAGUUAUUUCAACUGCUUUUCAGCUCUUUCGACUGGUUUAAAAGCUUGA